UGGAGGAAGAUGUGAGAAACACAGGAGCUCAGCAGAGAGUCAUGAAUGAAUCAUGGAGCAGGAGAAUCUGUUUUCACUCUAUUAGACAAACCAGGUAGAGUUAAAUGUCUGCUCCACACUCCGGAGGAGAGGGGGCGGUACUGCAGCUAUGACGCUAGGAAUCCCAGCCCUCUUUAAAGGACAAGAAGAGGAUAAGCAGUCGAUCGCAGCACGUGUCAGUGUCUAGAACCCUCUUCAGUUGUGUGUCUCCUUCUCGGAUCCGUCCUCCUGCUGUCAUGGACGCGCUCCUCUCCAGACUCUUCUCCUCGGAGGAGCAGGAGCUGCACACCUUGGACCGGAUGGCGUACGUCCUGUUCCUCAUGGCCGCCUGCACGUUCCUCACGCUGAUGUUCGAGAACGUGCCCUACGGCCGCUACGCCAGCAGCCGCUACGGGUUCCCGGUGGACGCCCGGUUCGCCUGGUUCGUGCAGGAGCUGCCCGCGUUCCUAGUGCCUCUGUGCCUGGUGCUGUGGACAUCCUCCGCCAAAACGUCCCUGCUGCCCAACCAGCUGCUCAUCGCCAUGUAUUUCUGCCACUACGUCCAGAGGUCCCUCAUUUAUCCAUUUUUAAUCCGAGGAGGUAAAGCGACACCAGUCAUCUCAUUUGCCCUGGCUUUGGUCUUCUGCUUCUUUAAUGGCUACAUGCAGGUCAGGUACCUGAGCCAUUACGCUGAGUACCCUGCAUACUGGGUGACACAUCCAUGCUUCAUCACUGGGGCUGUGCUGUGGUUGGUCGGCUAUCUUGUGAAUGUGCACUCUGACCACAUCCUGAGGAACCUGAGAAAGCCUGGAGAGACUGGUUACAAGAUUCCCACAGGCGGGAUGUUUGAAUAUGUAUCAGGAGCCAACUUCUUAGGAGAGAUAACGGAGUGGGCAGGCUUUGCGCUGGCUGGUCACUCGGUUCAAAGUGCAGCCUUCGCCAUCUUUACCGCAGUGGUCCUCUCCAGCAGGGCUGUGGCCCACCACAAAUGGUACCUAGCUAAGUUUGAGGACUACCCGAAAAGCAGGAAGGCUUUGAUUCCAUUCCUGUUCUAAGAGGCACUUUAUGCACUGGAAGCUGGAAUAGAGAGACUUUUCCUCUUUACCGCAUCGUCUGAAACUCCGGAUCGAGAAGCCACUCAGGAGCAGAAGGAAAAGACCAACCUGUCCCCAUCUGCUGGGCUGCAAGGAAAUCAAACAGAGAUCAAGCACUGCCCUCAAUAACUCACCCAUGCCUGAAAUGAGAAGAAGAGAUUGUCUUUUCAGAAAGAAAGAAGAGUGGAUAAGGAAAUGAAUGGGAAAAGAAUUUGGGGAGAAUUUGAAAGCUAUGAUGAAGCACGUUGCAUGGAUAAAUUACAUUGGAUGAAGUUGCCUGUGACUGAUUGAAAAGAGGGAGACUGGGGGAAUAGAUAAGAAAUGUGUUACACUGAUAUAGAUCGUAACAUCUCUUAUGCUCUAAUGCUGUUUCAUAAUCCUGUUUAUCGUGAGGCAAAUAAUCUCUGUCAGUGUGAAGUAGCACUUUUUUUUAAUCAUGUCUUGUUCUGUAGGAUUUGAUAAAAUGAUUUGCCUUACUCGAAUGUUUCUCAAAAUAGGUUAAGUUUGGGAAAAAAAGUGUGAUUUUCACUUUACAUUGUUCAAGUCUGUCACAGCCUAUAUGUGUGUAUAUAGUGGUUUAUGCGGAAGCUUUCCAUUGUUACCUGUUUCAAAAAGUGCCGGCUGCAUUUUCUUAUCACUAAUCAGCCCUCUCUCUCUCCCAAUGGUAAAGGUAUUUCCAACACCAGUCAUGGCAAAGGUCAUAUCGGAAGGAAUUUAAAAAAUGUAUUAAAAAUAAGGGCUUUGUCAUCA